GGACGAGGCAUCCCACUUGGGCACAGAGGAAGGAUGGCCUCUUAUUACUUAUCAUGCCAUAUCCCGGGCGGCGCGAAAGGUUUUUUCUUUCGGCUGUUCCUGGAUCCCAUUGCUUGUUGCUUGUAAAAUAAUUUUUUUGCCGCUGUUUUACGCAGAAUUCACUCGUUUUGAUUCUUUAUCGCUCCCAUUUGCUUGGAGCUUACAUUCGCUUAGCACUGAUCAGCCCUGUGGGUUUCUGUCAGGACCACCUACUUGUGAGACGACCAAUUGCUGGAUUGUAAGUACUUAAUACAGGUUCCGCUGCGGAGAGAUCCGACAUGGCGCUCUUCAAGUAUAUUUCACUCUUUCUCGUAUGCGUUGUCGAGCUGUCGCGGGCCGCAUCCAACGAUGAAUGGGCUCAACGAUCUAUCUACCAAGUCGUGGUAGACAGAUUUGCGCGUUCUAGCGAUUUCGACGCACCAUGCAACAUCACAAACUACUGUGGAGGCAACUGGGCCGGUCUGGUGGACAAGCUGGAUUAUAUCCAGGGUAUGGGCUUCACAGCGGUCCAAAUCUCGCCCGUCAACAAGAACCUCAACCAGACGACCAUCUACGGACAGGCAUACCAUGGCUACUGGCCACAGAACCUGUAUGAGCUGAACGAGCAUUUUGGCUCGGAAUCCGACUUCAAGAACCUAGUUUCGGAGCUGCACAAGCGUGAUAUGUACAUCUUGGUCGAUGUCGUCGCCAAUGAAAUGGCCUACGAUAUCGGUAACACAACCAUGAGCACGAGCUAUCCGAUCGACUACUCAGUAUUCUACCCGUUUAACCAGGAGUCCGACUACAUGCCAUACUGCCCGAUCACCAACUGGUUGAACGUGACGGAAGUGCAAGACUGCUGGCUAGGCUACGAGGGAGUCGCUACGCCGAGAAUCAACACCCUGAACUCUUCGAUCAACAGUCAGUUGAACAGUUGGAUCAAGGAAUUGGUGUCGAACUACUCUAUCGAUGGUAUCCGUAUCGACGGUGCCAAGCAGAUCAACUACGACUUUCUCCAGCCUUUCCUGAAGAGUGCCAACGUGUAUGGAAUGGCCGAAGUCGACGAUGAUAUUCCAUCUUACGUCUGCAAUUACCAGAAGUGGACUGGUGGGCUGGAGAACUAUCCGCUUUACUUCACGAUCAUCAAUGCUUUCACGGAUGGAGACAUGCCUGGUCUGGUGUCGAUGAUCAGCCAGAUGAGAUCCGCCUGCUCCGAGACUCAGUACCUGGCAACGUUUAUCGAAAACCAGGACAACGAGCGAUUCCCAUCCUACGUGGAUGAUAUCAAUCUCGCCAAGAAUGCCAUGGCAUUCACCAUCCUCGCCGAUGGAAUCCCCAAGAUCUACUAUGGCCAGGAACAGCACCUGCCGGGAAACUACUCUCCCUACAACCGACAGGAGCUGUGGUCAACCAAUUACAACACCUCUGCUCCUCUCUACAACCUGACGGCCACGCUGAACAAGCUGCGCAACCACGCCAUCAAAGUGAACAGCAACUACGUCACCAACGACAGCAGCCUCUUGUAUACAGACAACUCUACCUACGCUGCUCGCAAGGGCGUCAACGGCGUGCAGAUCGUCUCCGUCCUCUCCAACCAAGGCAGCAAUGGAGGCGCAUACGAGCUACAGGUCCCUGGAGCGGCCGACGAGGGUACCGAGCUGACUGAAGUCUUUGGAUGCAGCACCGUCACUGCCGGCAAGAAUGGCACCAUCACCGUGAAUAUGGACAAGGGAGAGCCGAGAGUCUUCUUCCCGACCUUCAACAUGAACGGUUCUGGCCUGUGCGGCACCGAGGACACCACCACCCCGACCGCGUCUGGUAGUUCCACGGGGACCUCCUCGUCGUCGAGUGUGUCUGCAUCCAGCACGAAGAAGAACCUGGCAGAGCACCUGAGAGUCCCAGCAUGGCUGCUGCUGGGCUCUAUUGGUGUCUUCUCGGUCCUGAUGUUGUAAAGCGCAUCAGAUAAAGCAUCGAGAAUGAACGGAAGAAACAUACCCAUACCUCGACUACCGGCCCCAUUGGGAUUAUUUCCUAAUCUCCAAUGGCCUGGCUUAAUUAUUAACUGUUGAUAUGAAUAUGGAGGAAGGAACCGCUUGGUUCCUGUGGGAGGGGAAAGUUGCAUACAUUUUCACUUCAUGUCAACUAAUUUAACA